AUUCAGCCAAUAAUAUUGUGCCAUACCGAGCCGAUCACAGUUCAGUUACAAAGAUGGCACCAGGAGUGGCAGUUACGAAUGGAAGUGUUCAUGUCAAUGGAAAAAUAAAUGGGAAUAUUCACCAUUCUAAUGGACAUAAAAUAAACGGAACACAUCGCAAGUCGGGCACUGGGGCAGACUGGCGAAGGUCAUGGUGGGAAUCAUUUGAGGAAACCCCUCUGUAUGCUGCAAUAUGGACAUACCUUGGGUAUGGGUUACUUGUGCUGGUUGGACACAUUCGAGAUUUCUUCAGAAACCUCGGACUCGAAAGUCAAAAAUCAUGCACUGAACCAAAACUGCCGGGUUUCGUACCUCUGUACCAAAGCUGGGAGAGUUUUUACACACGGAACUUGUACCGCCGUGUACGAGACUGUUGGAAUCGGCCAAUCUGCAGUGUGGCUGGGGCCCACAUGGAUAUCAUGGAGAGAAAGACGCAUGAUCAUGGCUGGAACUUUGAGAUGUCGGACAAGUACCAGCGUGUGAUGAACUUUGGUUCAUACAACUAUCUUGGGUUUGCCGAGAACAAGGGGCCGUGUAAAGAUGCCGUCGAGAAAACCACAGACCGUUACGGCAUCACUGCAGGUGGCAGUCGACAGGAACUAGGUUAUUUAGACAUUCAUCGGGAGCUGGACACCUUAGUGGCACAGUACCUCGGCACUGAGGCAGCCAUUACUGUCCCAAUGGGCUUUGCUACAAACUCCAUGAAUAUGCCCUGUCUUGUCUCCAAGGGAUGCUUGCUAUUCAGUGAUGAGUUGAACCAUGCUUCUCUGGUGCUGGGCAGCAGACUUACAGGAGCUACCAUUAAAACUUACAAACAUAAUGAUAUGGAGGACCUUGAGAAGAAAUUGAAACAUGCAGUGGUCCAAGGUCAACCCCGCACACACCGACCAUGGAAGAAAAUCCUCAUUGUUGUCGAGGGAGUUUAUAGUAUGGAGGGAUCCGUAGUGUGUUUACCAGAAGUGCUUAGAUUAAAAAAGAAGUACAAGGCGUAUAUUUACCUGGAUGAGGCACACAGUGUGGGGGCCAUGGGCCCACAAGGGCGGGGGGUUGUGGACUAUUUUGGGAUUGACCCCAAAGAUAUUGAUAUUAUGAUGGGAACAUUUACAAAAAGUUUUGGUUCUGCUGGUGGAUAUAUUGCUGGAUCAAAGAAAUUAAUCAACCAUCUGCGCUGUAAUUCACAUGCUUCUAUGUACAGCCCCACCAUGCCACCACCUGUAGCUCAGCAAGUCAUCACUUCCAUGAGAAUAAUUAUGGGCCUGGAUGGCUCGGGAGAAGGUGAACGAAGAAUACAACAGCUGAAGGAUAACUGUCGAUACUUUAGACGGCGUCUGCACGAGAUGGGAUUUAUAAUUUACGGGAACAAAGAUUCCCCUGUUGUUCCUUUGCUUCUUUUUAUGCCUGCAAAAAUUGCCUGUUUUAGUCGGGAGUGCCUUAAGCGUGGGCUUGGCAUUGUGGUGGUCGGGUUCCCGGCGACGCCAAUCAUUGAGUCUCGGGCAAGGUUUUGUUUGUCAGCGGCUCACACACAGGAAAUGGUGGAUAAGGCACUUGACAUAAUCGAUGAGGUUGGCACAUUGCUGAAGUUAAAGUAUUCCAGAACGGAAGUCCCGAGAUGGUGCGAGGAUGACAAAAACGCUAAUGUUCCAAUCCAUUAACCAUGACAAGCUGCUUGAUGGCAGGGACACCUGGUGAAAUGGUUUUACCACUGACUUGGUUCUAGAAGGACCUGAAAUCAAUUGUCUUUCCUUUUUAAGGCCUUAUUUACCAUCAGGAAUGGCUAGGUUAGUUAAAGACUUCCAUGAAAACAGUGAUCAAAGGCAAAAAGUGAAGACAUAGGAUUGUGUAGCAGAUAUUUCAAGAAUGGUUCAUCAAAAUAGCUUUUUUGUGAUAUUGGAAUUGAAUGACAUAGUAACGAGGUUACACAUUUGAAGUAUGGAACUAUUUUUAAUUAUUUUUUUUAUUUAUUUUUAAACAUUUACUCAAUAAGUCCCAUAUUUUGUUAUUUUUUGGUAAAUAUGACUGCAAAAUAUUUUGUGUGGUUAUUCGAAGCUUUUUAUACAGUGAGUGUUUAAAAAAAAGAAUUUUUUUUUUAUUAAAUUUUUUUUUUAGAAAAUGCAAGCAAAUAAUAAUGCAAAUUUGUUUGUAUAUAGUUAUACCGGGUAGUCAUGUCAAGCAGAUUCAAGCACAUGUAAAAUGUGUACCAAAGUUUCUGAAACUAACACUUGUGUAACAAAUUCUGUUUGAUCAUUACAUGAAAACAGUUCAUUCUUUGUUAUAGUUAGUAGCAUGCUCAACACACUGGUUUUGCUUCAAUUAAGUUCUGACAGGGUGUAUUUGUUUUUUAUAUUUUAUUUUUGUCAGUUUUUUUUGUAUGAUUUUAUAUUGGUUGCUUGUAUUUUUGGUUUCAUAUUUGAAUUAUAAGAAUUGCAUGACCAAAAUCAAUUAGGGGUCUAAUAAUGCUUUAAGUGGUGUAGGCCCAUUUGCGGAUACCAUUUUUAUUCGGAUUUUGCAUUAUGGUUGCUGCAAAAACAAUCUAUUUUCAGAAAAGCAGAAUUAAAAAGUUUUAGCUGAAUUAUUCAGGCUAAACUAAGGUGUGUUAAAUGUGGUAACAUGAGGUAUCAGUAAAUGGGACUAUUCUAAAUGCUAUUUUGUUGUGGCUUAAAAUCACCUUUAUUAUUUUUUAGAUGAAUCUCACAGUUCAUUUAUCAAAUAAGUAUUUUUAUGUCAUUUAUAGAAUUCAGCAUUAUGAUACAAAUGUUUAAUUUUCUUCUGAACUUGUACUAUCAGGUGAAUAUUUGUGGUACUUAGUGUUUUGAUACAAAGUAAUUGUUAGUGAUUUUUUUUUUGGUCUUCAAAAAGAUGAAGUCGGCAGGCCAUCCACAGCCUGAACAUAAAACAAUGUAAAUGAUAACAUCAGCCGUAUAUAGAAUACACAUACAUUUUAAAAUGAUAGAAGUUUUAACUUAUGUUAUUGUAUUUUGUUAUUAAAAGUUAUCAUACUGAAUUUGGUAAGACACAUGUAUAUACUGAUUGUUUAAAUGAUUGGAGUUUUAACAGUGUUACUGAAAGUGAAAUUUGACUGUUAUUGAUACAGUCGAAACUCGUUAUGUCGACCUUUUCGGGACCUAGUCGACUCAUCCGAAUUACAAAAAAUAUCACCAAUCCCAACACGUUUGAGUUGGAUUGUCCGAUGUUUACAUCCACAAUUGAACACUCUUGUUACAUAUUUUCAUCGGGAAAACAGCAACCUUAUUAUUGAAAAAAAAGGGAAACAAAAGAAGAAUUAUUUGUGUCAAAUUUAUUUCUUUUACGUUUAUGGAUCACACAAAACACAUAUAAAACCACAAUUGCAUACAUUUGUUCAUUGUAAGAAAAAGGUAAAGCACAUAUGACAACAACUUUUAUAAAAUAGCACAUUCGUGUUUCGUUUAUACACAACAAUAUAGCACAUUCUCGAAAGGCAUCAAAGGAUUGUAUACCGGGUCCUUCUCUGAAUUGGUCGACCAGAGCAGUGGAACUAACAUUUGACAUUUUGAAGUUAUGCUUUCUGUUCCCAUUUGGGAUUGAUAUCUAAUCAAUAAAUUGUUCAUGUUUUAUACAAUACCAAAAAGAGCUUGAGCAAUAAAUGUCUCUUUAAUAAAAUACAUAAACAAACAACUUGAAUUAUUCGCACUUGCCAAUGACAUUUUUGUAUCCCCCAAUUAUGACAGUUUGUUAUAUUGACACGCACGGUAUAUUUUCACACAUAUGUCUCGAUCUACAGUUCGACAUAAAGAACAUAGAAAAUGUGUGAAAUUCCACCACUGGGACUGAAAAACGAGGUUGACAUAGCGAAAAAGUCGAGAUAAAAAAAUUUGACACAAACAAAUUUAUUUUAUAUAGAAUAAGAAGGAAUAAAUUCGGGACCGGAAAAAAAAGUCGACAUAACCGGAAAGUCGACUUAUCCGACGUCCACAUAGCGAGGCUCGACUGUAUGUUUUAUUGCUGGUUAUAAUUAAAUAUUUUGUAUAUUUUUAAACCUGUAUCAUUUUGUGCUGCCGCCUGUAAAUAUUUCACUGUAUUUAUUACCAUAAUCGACAUUUUACACACAACAACCAUAUAAGCAAAGUGUGAUAAUCAUAUUCAUGUAUACAUAGUCGCAUACCUUGUAAUGGUUGUAAUAAUCUAAUAUUGAAGUGAUUGGAAGGAUCAAUAAUGAUAUUUGAGCUAGAAGUUCUACUGCAUGUACUGUCAAGGAAUUAAAUAUGUGAUUGUAAAGGGUCGGAACUUUUAGCACUGUUUGGAUAGCUGAAGUUUGAUACUUGUUUUCGGUUCCUGACAUGAUCUCCGAGGGCCUGCAAACUUUCUAUUCUCCUGUUGUCUGCCAUAUUGCAUGAACGGUAGAUUUUGGUAAGCUGUUUUUUGUUAGAAUAUAUAAGUUUUUUAAAUGAUGAUUUCUUCCAAACUGAACUUGUACUUCCAUGUCAGUAUUUUUUACAGUAUACAGGUAUACAGUCUAAACCAUUGAUAAAAAGAGUGAAGUAAAAGGAAAAUGUUUAAAAAAUACUUAGAAAAUAGUGAAGGUUUAUAGUGAAGGUUUAUUGAAAACAAUUUUUGUAUUAUACUUGCAAAUUUAGAAUCAUAAAUGAUUAUAUGUUAUCAUGGCAUGAACCUCUUUUUUUACUAAACACCAAGUAGAUUGUGUUGUUAUUCAACACAUGACAAGAUUUAUAAUGUUCCGAUGCAACAUUUUACAUUUAGCUUUAUACCAUAGUUUUCUAGAAGACAAAAACAGUAACAUACUAUGUAAUCGGUAUUCAACUGCAGACGAUUUUCCUAUUUAGAUAAAAUAAAUAGAAAUUAACCAUAAAACCAAGUAUAGAUUUUUUAUACCAAUUUUACAAUUUACCAUUAUCUCUAGCAAAUUAUGUGGCAACAUAGGACCAUUUAAUUCAACACUAUUCUAUCUAAUUGAAUUAACAUAAGCUGAUAGGACUAUGCUUUAUUGCUUCGUCAAUUCAUGUUUGUAAGAUCAUGUCAUUUACAAUAUUUUGAAUUCCAUAUUACAUGUAUAUGUAAGCCUUAAUCCUGUAUACAUUCCAUAAGCCUUGCAAAAUUUUAUUACACAUGCAUAUUUACACCAAUUAUGUCCUAUACAUAGCGUAAUGUUUUACAUAUGCACAUAGCUUUUAACACAAGCACACACAUUCAAAUCAAAUUGUAAUACUCAGUGGAAUCAUGUUCAUUUCAUUGUCACUGACAUGAAUUUGUGAUCAAAAUUUUUAGUUUUAACUGUUUGCUGUGUUGAGGAAGAAUUUGUCUGGUUCAGCAAUGCAAAUCGGUUGUUGUCAUUUAUUUAUUAAAUUAUAAUUCCAUAUUUUGUAUAACCCUUUUUGGAUCAAAAACAUCCCAGUUAAUUCCCCAUAUGAUAUUUCCUUAUGAUUAAAGUUUUUGCAACAGUUUUGUAUUUACUGCUUGCACUUACUGUCCCAUCAAUAGAAAACAAAUCUUUACCUGUAUCACAAGCUCUUGUCUGAAUGAUGGGUAUGUAACAGCUUACUGGUAGUGUACCAAGCUUUCUUUAGAAAUGUCAUACAUGUAGAUUUAAGUUGCAUUUAGCUGUGAAAUCAAGGAUAAAAACCAACAUAUGCGGUAAAAAAAAUUUUUUUAAUUGGUUCAGGUUUCCCUUUAUAAGAUGAUAUUUUUGUUGUAAUUUUUCUUAACAGUCCUUUUUUCUACAACUACAUGUAUACAUGGCAUUCUGCAAUGAUCAACUAUUUCCUAAACCAUAUUUUAAGUAUUUGUUGCCAAACAAUCUGAAUCCAUUCCAAUACCCCAUGCAUAAUUGUUUACACAUUGUUUCUUUUGAAUGUUCAUAAUCAUAAUAUUAUAGAUGUUUAUCAAUAUAUGUUUGUACCAUGUACAUAAUUUUUUCUCUGAAUGAUGUUUUUCAAGAUGUCUGUUGUCCUAAGAUAAACUUACACUAAAUAAUUAAAAUAAGCAAUUGUGCUCAAAUUUCAAAUAGCUUCUGAUUCAGUUAUUCAUUGUUCCUAAUUUCAUUUGUGGACAAAUUAUAAAUCACCAAAGAUUUACCUUCCAAAUGUUCUUACACUGAUUUUUGUGAUUGGUCGAAUUCAGUUUUUAAUCAGGUAAUUAAUUCUUAAGGUUGUUAUGGUAACUAUAGCAGAAUUUUAUAGACCUUUUAAAUUUACUGAUGGAAAUGAAUGAAGAAUUCAGUUUGUUUGUUAUUUGUUGUUGUAACACAUUGUUUUGCCUCCAUAUUUAUUUGUUGAACUUGUGUUAAAUGAACAAACUAAGUUAUUUGAGCAUGAAUGUGUGCUGGUUAUAAUUGUUCACAGUAUAUUUUGAAUAUUAUCAUCUACACUGUAAUAUUGUUUUAUAUAUGAUAAAGUUUAUCACUGUUUGUACUUCUAUUUCUUAAAUAAAUGAUUUCAAACCAUCA